UUUGUGUACAGUCACUCCCCAUAAAUAACCACACAAAGUUCCUCUUCCUUGUUGCCUUUUUGUCUCCUAAAGAGCUGGUGUUUUACGUGUUCUCUCAAGUUUGAAAAGACAAGAGAACUGAAACAUUCCUUCCUGUUAAAUUAACUUCUCCUUGUUCUGAAUUGUUGACUAAAGGUGCAUUAACAAGCAACAGAUCAGCACUUCCAGCUCUAAAAUAAAUCAUCCCUCUGAUUCUGGUUUUGGCCGUUGCUUGGCUGUGCCUAGGAGUCAGCAGAGGAGGAGAGAGUUGUUGUUACUGUACAGAGUCAGACGACAGUUUGCUUGCAGAGGUCAAGGGGUCUCGCAUAUUUGGACGACACUGCAGCCUGGGUUCUUCAUGGCUCCAGCUUCUCAAAGUUUGGCGAUUGCCUCUGGUCUGUUGUACUUUCCUCAGUUGUUCUUGGCUGUGUCCAUUGUUUUCCUACUGUUACUCAUCCUGCUCGUGAGUACCUGCAUUUCCUGUUGGAGCCUUCCUGAAAGAAUAAGAAAAGGAAUUAGAAGUCGUGAAGGACAACAUAAAGCGGUGUCUAUGAAGGAGGAUAAUGUUCCUGUUCAACCCAAAGAUGAUCUAAAACUUACAAAUGCUAAUGAAAUGAUUCCAACAAUAAUUGAUCAGCAGACAGGAAAUGUGGGCAACACAUCUCUCCAACGUAUCCCAAGUAUUCCUUUGACCAGUCUUGCACAGAUUGAAGAAAGCAAUGACGACAGUUUGUAUGAAGUUGUGAGAGACAUCCAGCUAGAUGCAUGGCAGCCAGAGCAGGCAUGUCCAGGGCCACAGAGCCUGGAGUACAUGACACCAUGCAAGGAAGUGUCUUCAACAGACCCAAGGCAGAUAAAUGGGUGUGGCAACGAGAACAUGGAUCCAGUAGAAGGACAGACACCAGCACCAAUUUAUGCAAACAUAGUAAAACCGAGAAACAGAGAAUGCCAAUCUCUGGAUCAGGAGAAACUUGAAGCUAAAAAUGAAGUGGAGGUGGAAAAGCCCCCACCUGUCCCAGACAAGCACUUAGAUUAAGAAGAUUCAGCACAGUGCUGAAGAUAUCAGAUAAAGAAAUUACACAGAUGGAAGUCAGUUUAUUAACUGUUAUAUCUACCGCCCAGUAGAACAAAGGCAGGUGCAUGGGAACACCAGCACUUCCAAAUUUCCCUCCAAGGCUGGCAUUUUUUGUCCAUUGUUGCAAUCUCCACAAAUACUGAUAACUUUUAAAAAGAGAUUCAAAUUUCUAGUUACUAGCUGAAAGAAUGACAUGGCAAGAUUUCACAUUUUAAAACUUUUACUGUAUAAAUGUCCAAAAACAUUAGCGACUGAACGCUAUUUUCUUUUAGUAGGCAACUUAUAUUUCAAACUACAGAGACAUUUCCCUUUUAUGCUUAUCACAUAUUGCUAAAAGGACUAAUUCCGUGGGAAGUGCAAACAGUCCAUAGUUACACCCAGCUUCCAAUGGGUUCCCAUAUCCCUGUUUCACCAAGUAGUAACUUUUAAGUGUCUCCAGGCACUUCUCUCAGUUUUUGGAGAGUUCUUUAAAAUCACCAACAGCAGUAAAGCCUGUUCCAGUGAUUCUUCUUUCCCCUGCCAGACCAGGAGAAAUAUCCCAGAAUCCCUAGAAGGUUGCAGAAUGUGUCUCUUUGACUAUAGACCAUCUUCCUCCCACAUCCGUCUGUGGUAGCUCUCAAAGCCAAGCAGCCUCUUCUCUUUGCAGACCACACAGAAACUACUGCCCUUCUGAGAUAUUCAUUGAUUUGUAAGGAAGCCUGUGACGCGAUCUCAAACAUGGCUUCCUUUGCACUCAUCCCCAGUGCAAUGUGAAACACAUUAGCCUUGUAUCUAGGUUGAAAUGCUGAUUAGCUAAGCUUGACCCCAAUUCUCCUUCAUCUUAGAAGUAAAUGGACAGCUUACGGCACAACUGUUUACAACUUGGUACCUUCCACACCUCUUGGAAGACUCAGGGCCUACUGAUUGUAAUCUCAAAAACUGCUGGCAUUGUCUCCAAGUGUCAAUUCCUUGCACCUUCUUCUCAGUAAAACAAUCUAAGCCUUCCAUUGAUCCCUAACAAUCAAGUCACCCAUGCUUACUGUCAGACAGACUGCAGAACAGGUAACAGGACCUCCUUCAUUUACCCUAAAUUUAAAGCUACAGUGCCAAAAUAUAAUAAUCUCAUAAACCUAAUAUUUGUAACAUCAAUAGUUGCCCAUAUAGAAGGGGUUGUGAGCUGCCUUCUUUAAUUGUUGCAGUCCACGUGGUGAAGAUACUCUGUGUUGUUAGGUAGGGUGAUCCAGAAUUUAGACCCAGCAACAAUGAACAAUGAUUUAUGUCCGAAUUGGAAUGCUAAAGUAAACUGGGAAAUUUGGUUAAGGUGUAAGUCAGUAGAGAUACGGGGCAGACAUUUAAGGAGAUGUUUUGAGACACUCAGCAAAGAUACAUUCCAAUGAGAAAGAAAAGUACCAAAUUGAAAGAAAAAGCUUACAAUUCCACGAAGAUUAAUGGCAAGUUGGAAUAUUGGAUAGAAUAUGAAAAACUGCAAAGAAUGGCUAAAAAAAGGGAGGAAGAAAUUAGAGAAUGAGAGAAAACUAGCUAGAAAUAAAGAAAAACAGAUAGUAAGAGUUUCUACAGUUAUCUAAAAAGGAAAAGAAUAAAGCGAAUUUUGAUCUUCUACAGGGUGAGUCUGGGGAGUUAAUGUUGGAAAUAAGGAAAUGGUGGAUGAAUUGAAUAGAUAUUUUUCAUCUGUCUUCAUAAUGGAGGAUACAAAUAACAUCCCAGAAAUAAUUGUGCAUCAAGAGGUGAAAAGGAGGGAGGAACUUAAAACAAUUAGAAUCACCAGGGAAGGAGUAGUGAGAAAAUUAUUAGAAAUAAAAGCCGAUAAGUCCCAGGUCCUGUUGGACUUCAUCCUAGAGUCUUAAAAGAAGUGGCAGCUGAGAUAGUAGUGGCAUUGGUUUUAAUUUUACAAAAUUCCCUAAAUUCUGGAAAGGUCCCAUCAGAUUAAAAAAUAGUGAAUGUGGCUCCUCUAUUCAAGAAAGGCAGGGGGACAGAAAGAAAGAAACUCCAGGCACUUAGCUUAACAUCUGUCAGAGGAAACAUAUCCUUCCUGAGAUGCAGUGGCCAAAUCCACAGCUUCAGCUUGAUUCAGACAUUGUACUUUUGCUAUAAAGAAAUUUCUGAAGAAGUUACAUCUAGAUAUUAAAGACUGAUGAUAACCAUGAAA